AUGAGCGAUCUCCUUCAGAAACGAGCAGAAGCAACAGCCCAGCUGUAUGCUGACCCCCACAACCCCCAUCGCUACCUCGAGCGAGGUCUCAUCCACGAGCAACUCGGGUUCGCCGAUCUCGCCUCGGCCGAUGCGUAUCGCUCCCUUUCACUACUAGAGUCUGUGGUGGACCCCGAUGGAUGCGAGUUCCAUGCUAGACGGCGCAUAUCCGAGGAGCAUACCGCAGGGAAGGGGGACAAUGUCGAGGAGGAAGACGAGGAUGAAGCGUACAUUCCCAUCACCCAAGAGGAAUACGACGCCAUUGUCGGGGACGUAUACGCCCUGUUGGUACGAAGCUUGGUCACCUGUGGCUGCUUCCGAGAUGCGUUCGAGUUCUGUGUACGCGGGUUAGACUUGCUUGAUGAUGCAUCUGGAAACGUCGAUAUGGCGAAGAAGACCCUCCAAACGCAAAUGGAACUCAUCAAACAGGCGUACGUCGCCAAACGCCCGCAAAAGAACACCACCGACGACGUGCGCAUCGACCCAAGCGCCCUGGAAGCCCAGGGCUUCGCUCGCCGCGUGCUCUACCCGUGGAACGAGCACGAACCAGACCGCAAGGCCCCCGCGACCCUGCAGCUCCUGAACGAACGCCUGAAAGACGUCGCGCCUAAAUGCGAGGUGCGCGCCGUCGCGCUGCCCGCCCUCCACGGCUCGACAGACGCCAACAGCCCCGACGUCUCGAUCCAGCUCGGCCUCUUCGCCAAAGAAGACAUCGCCCCCGGCGAGAUCAUCCUCCGCGAAACCUCCCUCCUCACCGCGACGAACCGCCUCCACGACGACCUCUGCGACGCCUGCAACGCGCCCCUCCCGGACCUAGCCUCCGACCACCCGCCCGUCGCCUGCGCCGACUGCGCCGACACCAUCUUCUGCAGCCAGGCCUGCCACGACACCGCCCAGACCGUCUACCACGGCGCCGUGUGCGGCCUCGUCGAGAACCUCGAGUCCAUCGGCAAGGACGUCCCCGACCCCAAGGACAAGGCCGACUACCUCUACCUGCUGCUGCUGGCGCGCGCGCUGGCCAUGGCCGCCACGCAGGACGUGCACCCGCUCGACCUGCCCGAGAUCAAGUACAUCUGGGGCGAUUUCCACGAGUACUCCCCGGCCGGGGACGAGACGGCUCCGACUCCGCCCGAGGCGGCGCUGCCGUUCUCCUUCCAGCUGAACGUGCUGCAGCCCAUGCGCUUCCUCGAGGAGAUGGAGCUGGACCCGUACGCGUGCCUCCCGCGCUACGACACCUGGGUGCUCAACACGCUGUACGCCAAGUUCCGCGGCACCGCGUCCGGCCGUCUCUCGACCUGGGACGGCGGGCCCGAGCUCUGCGCCGUGCAUCCGCUGUGGUGUCUAGCGAACCACUCGUGCGACCCGAAUGUGCGCUGGGAGUGGGGUGGCGAGAUUACGUUCCGGGCGCGCAGCGCGGCUGAGCGGCCGGCGUGGACGAAGCGGAAACUGGCGGGCUCACAGGCGGAGGGGCAGGUUCCUGCGUCGCGACGAACCGGCGAGGGUAUCAAGGCCGACGAGGAGAUCCUCAAUCACUAUUGCGAUGUGGGGUUGGAUGUGAAGGAGCGGAGGGAGUGGGCGCGUGGUGCAUUGGGUGGGUUGUGUUUGUGUGAUCGGUGUGUGUGGGAGGCGGAUGAGUAG